GAUUUAGCUUAUUUCGAUCGGAGCUAUGGCUUCUCUCAAUGCGCACAAAUAUGUCGUCGAUCCAUGACAACGACUCACUCCACAAAGACGGCAGCACCCGAUUUUAACAUUGUCGGUGUUGCAGAAAUAUUCGGAUGA